GGCUCGGUAAUUAUUUGUGACUGCGAGAUCGAUAGAAAGGUUAGGUAUCUAAUCGCGGUGGUAGACUUGAAUAGUGAACGAGGCCUGACCGGCGUGGAUGAAGUGGUUCAACGGAGCGCGACGAAAAGUAAUUUGUACAAAAACUAAAUUCAGUUCAUUGCGACUGCCGUGUCGUUCGUGAUGUUUUGUCUGACCGCACAAUAUAUCGGUGAUCAUUGUUGCUAGACGGUUUUUACUGCUAAAUCUCAUGCGCCGGUAUCGGUAAAUCUCCGCGUGUCUAUCCCGUUCUGUUUUUAAUGUAUACCUACCUAAAAGUUUUCGAAAUAAAUAACGCAAUAUCGAAUUGGUUAAUCGUAUGAAGUGUAAUUAUAAUCGAACGAAUAAAAAGUGGAUUCAUCAGAGGAAAUGGGUGUUUUCAAGUGGUUGCGCCGAGAGCGGGUGACAGUCACGACUAGUCAGAUAAAUCCAUCCGAAGCAGAAGCUGAUGAGCCUACAAAUGGGCACAUAGGCACAAUACGCACUGAAGAGUACAAACGGGACUUAGCAGAGUUUCAAGCCAGGCGUUCUGCUGGUUACAACGAACUGAAAGAAACACCAAACAGAAAGAAAUGUGGACGACACUCCCUUCCCGUCUCGUGCACAGAUUGCGCCGGCGAUCCCGACAAAACAUUCAACUACGAGAAGAAAUCCGCGCUGAAGUACAAAAAGAAAUUGCACAAAAGGGCCCGAAGCGCCCAACCCGAUGACAAACACGACGGCGUGCCAAACAUACAGUUCCUUUUUCAGAAUCAGGUAUUCAUGCCGGGAAAUGUGUUCAAAACCUCGUUUUCGGAACCAAGGAAACGUAGCCAGUGCAGGUCGCCAGAGUUUUUGACGCAGAAACACAUAGAUUUCGAUGAUGAGCAGCCGGUGUCGCCUCUAUUCCUCAAAAACAACUCUCUUCCGUUCGAUGUUAAGAAUUUUCUGGAUUCACGAAGCGAUGAAGAGGAAGUUGACGGCUUUGUGGAUGAGAAAGCGAAUUCCGCUGAAUCAAGUAGGACAGAUGAUACAAAGAGCGAUGCGAGUACGUUCGGUUUACCGAUAGCUAGUUCAUGCAACCUCAACAUGACGUACGAUAGAAACAAGAAGUGGUGUCUCGGUAAAUGGGGCGUCGUGCCGGUUCAAAUGAAAACUUUGUAUGGCGUCACUAUGGAACAGGUGAAGAAGAAGCGCAAUAUGGAGAUCAAUAUUCUAAGAAAAUGUCGCCACCCGAACGUAAUUCUGCUAAUGGGCUUGUAUCCGGAUGUUCAAAACAACGUGCAUAUAGUUUGCGAGAGAACUCUUGAUACACUCUUCAGUAUAAUACAUGAGCAGGGUCGAGUGUUAAGCACGCAAACGGCGGUCCACUACGCGUUAGACAUAACUAGCGCCCUGGCGUUUCUCAUGAUGCAAGGCUACAUUCACACUGACCUGAAUAGCGCUAGCAUAAUGCUCACUUCACAUGACACGGCGAAACUCGCGGAUCUGAGCCCGUGCGUGAAGGUGCCUAAAAUUAAGAUGACCGAAAAGGACUAUGACGCGUAUUCGCCUGAACCGUUGUAUGUUAAUAUUGAAGACACAUGCAAAACAAGGACGGCGGAUUCAGAGCCCCUGCUGUCCGGGCGCUCCCUAGGGCCCGAGGGCUCCGCGCUGAAGGAGUACAAGGUCUACAUGCACUCGGCGCGGUACGGGUGGCACGCACCCGAGCUGUUCCAGCCGGACGACGACGGGCUCGUGAGACCCUGCUCCAAGAGCGACGUGUACUCGCUGUGCGUGGUGCUGUGGGAGUGCUGUAAUGCCAAAAUCCCAUGGAAGGGCUACUCCUACGAGAAGCUCAAAGAAACAUACACGGUAUGGAAGACAGGUAUACGUCUGCCCCAAGAUGGGACUUACCCUGGCUGCUUAUUAGCUCUACUCCAGAGAGGCCUUACUCUGUCCAGGGAGGAGAGGAUCAGUCUGACAGACUUGCAGCAUACUCUACAGAGUGUUAAGAAUGCCCUUAAUGAGAUGGAAUACAUUAUUAUACCAGAACGUUUGCCAAAGAAGAGGUCUGACUUUAGUUCCCAAGCAUGGGACUCCACCACACCAAGUGAUUCCGACUGUAUCAGCCCAAAAAAUAUUGAACACGACGCAGUCAUACACACACGGAGCUCCACGGAAAGUGAAAAUAAGAGUGGAAGUCCCAUUUACCACACCAUUCGCAAAACCUCCCUCCCCGAGCCCUACGAUCGUGUCGACAAAUGCUUUAUAUCCAAUGAAGACUUAAAUGAGCGACUCCUUAACAAAUACGAUAAUUUAGAAAAGGAUUAUUCAAGUGCGUGCUCCACGCCGAUAUCAAAAUUUCGCGAGCGAAUUAAAGACACUCCAGGCACUUUACACAGGAGCGAUUCGACGGAGUAUUGCAGCAUUUUAAGCCCAGAAGCGAGAAAUUUCGCCCUUAACGACAAUAGCAUUAAGGAUCAGAGCGGCGAACGACCUACGGCGAAAUUGAGCCGUAGCUUCACGCCGAAGUCUUAUAAACCCUUACAUAUUAAAGUGCCGGAAUUCAAUUUGGACUCUAUCCGCGAUAUACUUAAGGACCGUAAUGCAAAUGAAAGUGUUUCGUAUAACUUUGAUAUAAAGAACUAUAGCUUACCUAGUACGCCUAUAGCCCGCAGUACAAAGUUGAGGAAGAAUGCCUGGCUGUCGGGAGAGUUGAGUGUGAAGGACACUAGUUCGGAAAUAUUAAAAGUUGUGUGUAAAGAAAACGGAACGGACCAUAAAUUGAAUGAAAAACCUGUGCUAAGCGAACCAGCUAGUACGAUGGUAGUUGAUAAACAAGUACAAAGAAUUGAAAGUGAAUUUGUGGGCUUACAAAAUGGUGGUAGUAUAGGCGAGAGGUCCCGACAGGCAUCGGAGAGUGAGGACACAGUGCGUGAUAGUUAUACCGGAUUAAAAAGGAUCCCGGAUCCGCCAUCGGACUUUCCGGAUCCACGUGGCCCGGCCGGAUCCCGCGGGCCCUACGCGGUGGAACAGGAGGUGCUCGCGAGCGUGAACGUGAAGCCGCUGGUUGCCAUACACGAGAGGUGGAUCUGCGAGGCGAACAAGAAGACUGUGAGGUCCAUGUCGCUGCCUGAGGAUAGGAGCAGCAAAAGCCGAGUGCAAGCGGUAAAGCCGGCGUCGCACUGCGUGGACACGAUGCAGAAGUCGCUGCCACAACUGUACUUCAAGCCCAGCAUGGCCAAGCCUUACCGGCCACCGCCCGCCUCGCCGGCCGCUAGCUGGAAAAGCGGCAGUCCCUGGGAGCAAUUCUUUCAAACACGAGAGAUGUCCAAAAGCUUUCCACCGAGAGACUUCGAAGUUGGCAUUCGACGUGAUGCAGACAAAUCAACGAUAACCGAUGACAUAAUAGACCGUCAAAAGAUCGACCAAGCGACGGAUACGCGAAGCAUCGAAGAAUUCAUACGAGAAUUGAUCCGAAAGGAAUUCCAAUAUCUUCUGCAAGAUUCGUCCGAUAUUUCAGAGGCAUCUAGCAAGAAAACCGAUGAUUUAGUCAACAAAGGAGUCGCAAAUGUUCUAGAAAGUCUCAAGGACGAUAGCGAAACGAAAAUUCCAGUAAAAUCCUUUUCUACUGUGAAAAUCAACGGCAAUAACAAACCUCUCCUUCAGAUUACCUUCAGUCGGUCUGGAGAGAAUAGUUUGCAAGUUUUAGAUAAUUGUGUUAACGUCACAAUCGCUGAGGGAAAUGGCGGGAAAGAGAAAUUAAAUUUGUCCAUAGACGACACUCUGACCGAUGAGAUUCACAUCAACGCGUUGAAACGGUGCCAAGCCUUCAAUGCUAUUCAGGAAGCCAAAAGCACAGAAGAUUUAUACAUAGACGACGACAUAUCAACACACAUGCAGGAGAAUUUCGGCGGGAAACUGAUACCACUGCACGGCUCCUUGCACGAAAUACUUUGCGAGAAGAAAGACGAAUGUUGCCUCAUCAAAGUUAAGCAAGAGAACGGCUGCGACACCAUAUACUUCAAGUGUGACUCGGACACUGAGUCCAGAGAUGCCAUCGACGGCUUUGACCCUAAAGAUACUGUCGUCUUUAAACGCAGUAUCUCCGUUAUAGAAGAACGCAUCCAACGCGUCCACCCAAAAGACAAGCGGCCCAACCCCGUCGCAGCGUUGCGCAAACUAAGCGACAGACUGAAAUCGCGCCCGAAAUCAGAAAUAUUCGUCCAAAACAUUACCAAAGAGUCGCGAAUACUCAGCAACAGCAGCCCCUGCUUGUACUCCAACGACAAAGACGAGGUGGAAGUGAAUAUCGAGAACGUCAUGUGCUACCAGGACUCGUCGUCCGAUGAGUGCCUCAAAUGCCAAGCGGAAAACGACGACUUUGAAAUCAUCGAACGAGAGAUAGAAGAAGGGCUUGCAAGUGCCAACUUUAACCCGCUCUCGUGCGGCUGCCUCGAGAAAAUAUCUGAGGAAAACCUCUCCGUCAUCAACGAAGAGGAAAAGAAUUAGUAUAUGUUGACUUUUGAUCGUGAAUAAAAUUAUAUAACCUGUUAAGUGUGCUAUUUUACGGGCGACGCCCAUUUCGAGUACAAAUUUUUAUGUUUUUUCUAAGCUGGCUUAUGAAGAAUGUUGUGCUUUGAUUCAUUGAUCCGUCCGCAUUUAAUGAGCCCAAAGAUGUUUUUAGUUUUUUAUUUUAAGUUUUAAAGAGUGCGCGGGAGUUUUGUGAUUUUAAGAUUAAGUAGCACUUUACAUUCCACUGUUGUGAUUUUUAGAUUAGUUAUUCACCUUGAGGGUUUUAAUAAAUUAUUUUUUGUUAAUCUCGGUUAUAAUUUUAAUCUAAUUUUAAUACUUUUUUACAUUCCUUAUUAUUUUUAAGUCUAUGCGCAUGGACCAAAGGAUUGAUUGUCAUUUUAGUCAUAGGUCUUUUAUAAUGAUCCAUCAAUGUUAACUUCAGAAUUUAAGAGGUUGUAUUAAUAUAGAAAAUUAUUUUUAGAGGACGUAUAACAUAGAUUUGUAGUUGAUUUUAGACGUAUUUGUUGAAAUAAAGCGUCGUUACUUCA